UUUAAAGACACAUUCAAUUUUUAUUUCAAAUGCACUUAAUGCAACACCUGUAUGGAAACAAAUUGCAAUUAUUUUUAAAGGCAUUAUUAGAUUUGAAGAAAGACUAAAUUUUAUGGCUACAAGUAUUACAAAUAGUAAUGAUGGGUCUCAUAUAUCUAUUUACCUACCUUCAGAGAACAGUGCACAUUAUGUUAAUCAUAAAAAUUUUCAUUCUAUUAAUCUUCUUGCAGUUGUUGACUACAAAAGACAUUUCACAUAUUUACAUGCCAGAAAAGCAGGUGAUUUAUAUUCUUUAAAAGAUGAUGAGUUAGAUAAUAGCGCAAAUAGUGACAAUGAAUCUGUACUAGUAAUAAAUGAAACAAGAGAAGAAACAGUAAGCAUUCAAAAAAAGACUGGUAUCAAAGCUUCAGAAACUAAGGGUUUAGAUGCUAAAAAUUUAGGAAUCAAAGGCUUAGAAGCCAACAUUCUAGAGGCCAAUGUUUUAGCAAUUGAAUAA